GUGUCCUCCCCCCAACUCCGUUGCCCGCAGCAGUCACCUCUGCCAGCCCACUCACAUCGCUACUCCCUUUUUUUUCUUUCUUCAAGAUGUCGGCAGCACAGAAUUUGCAGCAACAUCCUAUCUUCGUUCAAGCACAGAACAAGGUGAAAUAUUACACCAGCCAACUCGACAAGGAGCUAACGAAGUACCCAGCCCUGACGACUAUCGAGACCCGUACUCAAAUCCCAAAAUCCUACUUCGUUCUCUCCACCUUGCUCCUUCUCGCCAUCUUUCACCUCAUAACCCCGCUCGCCGCACCCGUCUCCUACGUCAUGGGUUUCGCCCUCCCCGCCUAUCUCUCGCUCAAGGCCCUCGAGUCCCCUGGCCACCAAGACGACGUCCAGUGGAUCACUUACUGGGUCGUCUUCGCCUCGCUGGGAUUCGUCGAGACCUUCGCUAUGGGAGUGGUGCUGUAUUACCUUCCGUGGUAUUUCGUCCUUAAGACCGUGUUUUUGUUGUGGUUGCAGUUGCCAGCCUUCAGGGGUGGAUAUGUCACCUACGCCCGCGUGAUCAAACCUCUCCUUCUCAAUUCCUGUGCGUCCUCGACGGCCGUUGCCACACCUGACACGCUCACGGGGGACUUAAGAGACCGGGUAAACACUGCAUCUGCUGAGUAAAGUGUCGCUUUCGACAGGGAGUUUGAUAAUGACGAUGAGGGAUGUGUUGAAGGAGGAUCGUUGAAGCGUUCGGUGAUGGACCUGCAAGUGUACAUGUCCAUUCAAUUUGCUAGUGGUAUCUCUAGUUCUCGUAUUUCUAUCUCUCCCUCUUGGCCCUUCCCUGUCCUUGUUGCCUUGUGUUGUGCCUGAUUUAUGUAUGUGCAUGUGAUUUCAUCG